UUUGAUUUGCCCCGCAUACAUCCCAGCUGCUGAGUGAGUCAAAGUUGCCAUCCUUCUCAUUCGUCGGGCGAUUUACAAAAGGCAUUUCGAUCUCUGUCUGUAUCGAUCCUACAUCUCGUCUGUAGCAGCCUUCUCCGUUCUCCAUCCGCCGUCCCUCCUCGCAUUCAUAACACCCCGACGAUGAUUCGAAAUUUCCCUACUCGCCUCGCCGCUGCCCGUUCAGCAGCGCGGGCUCUGCGUUCGUCUGCUCCUUCAUCAGCAGCACGUUUCAUCUCAUCAAAUACCCCUAAGAAUGGCCAAGCAGCACCAGCUUCUCGUCCUGUGCCAGCACCGGCUUUCAACACCGCCAAGACCCACAAGCCUCUGCACCCCAUGAAGCAGAAGGUUGAGGAGAUGGACGAUACCUUCGUCGGUAUGUCCGGUGGGCAGAUCUUCCACGAGAUGAUGCUCCGUCAGGGUGUCAAGCAUGUGUUCGGAUACCCUGGAGGUGCCAUUCUUCCCGUGUUCGACGCCAUCUACAACUCGCCUCACUUCGACUUCAUCCUCCCCCGCCACGAGCAAGGUGCUGGUCACAUGGCCGAGGGAUACGCUCGUGUGAGUGGCAAGCCUGGUGUUGUUCUCGUUACUUCUGGUCCUGGUGCGACCAAUGUUAUUACUCCUAUUCAGGAUGCCAUGUCUGAUGGUACUCCCUUGGUUGUAUUCUGUGGUCAGGUGCCUACUACUGCUAUUGGUACCGACGCUUUCCAGGAGGCCGAUGUCCUCGGUAUCUCCCGUGCUUGUACCAAGUGGAACGUCAUGGUCAAGGACAUUGCCGAGCUUCCUCGCAGGAUUAACGAGGCUUUCGAGAUCGCCACCUCUGGUCGUCCCGGACCUGUCCUUGUCGACCUUCCUAAGGAUGUUACUGCCGCUAUCCUCCGUCACCCCAUCCCUACUAAGUCCACUCUUCCCAGCGCCACCCUCAUUUCUUCCGCACAGACCGCCUUGAACGAGGAGGUUACCGACAACGCCCUUGACCGCGUCAACGAGUUGUUGAAGAUCUCUAAGAAGCCCAUCCUUUACGUUGGACAGGGUAUUCUUUCCUCUGAGGACGGUCCUAAGCUCUUGAAGAAGUUCGCCGACAAGUGCAAGAUCCCCGUUACUACCACCCUCCAGGCUCUUGGUGCUUUCGACGAGUUGGACCCCAAGUCCCUUCACAUGCUCGGUAUGCACGGUUCCGGUUACGCCAACAUGGCCAUCCAGGAGGCCGAUUUGAUCUUGGCUCUCGGUGCCCGUUUUGAUGAUCGUGUCACUGGUAACAUCCCCAAGUUCGCUCCCGCUGCCCGUGCCGCUGCUUUGCAGAAGCGUGGUGGUAUUGUUCACUUCGAGAUCAUGCCCAAGAACAUCAACAAGGUCAUCCAGGCUGACGAGGCUGUUGAGGGUGAUGUUGUUGAGAACCUGAGGCUCUUGUUGAACAAGGUUGAGACUGUCCAGGACCGUAACGAGUGGUUCACCCAGAUCAACGACUGGAAGAAGAGGUUUCCCUUCACCUACACCCCCGAGAAGCCUGGAGAGCUCGUCAAGCCCCAAUCCGUGAUUGAGGAGUUGAGCAAGCAGACUGAGGGUCGCAAGGAGAAGGUUAUCAUCGCUACCGGUGUCGGACAGCACCAGAUGUGGGCUGCUCAGCACUUCAGGUGGAGGUCUCCCCGUACUAUGGUCACCUCUGGUGGUCUCGGUACCAUGGGUUUCGGUGUUCCCGCCGCUAUCGGUGCCAAGGUCGCUCGUCCUGACUGCAUUGUCGUCGACAUUGACGGUGAUGCCUCCUUCUCCAUGACUGCUAUGGAGUUGGCCACCGCCGCCCAGUACAACAUCGGUGUCAAGAUCUUGGUCUUGAACAACGAGUUCCAGGGUAUGGUCCAGCAAUGGCAGGAUUUGUUCUACGACCAGCGUUACGCUCACACCAUCCAGCACAACCCUAACUUCGUUGCCUUGGCUGAGGCUAUGCACGUUAAGGGUAUCAGGUGUACUACCUUGGAGGAGUUGCCCGCUAAGAUGAAGGAGUUCUUGGACCAUGAGGGUCCUGUGUUGAUGGAGGCUGUUGUUACUAAGGGUGAGCACGUUUACCCCAUGGUUCCCGCCGGUAAGGCUCUCCAUGAGUUCACUGCCCACUCUUCCUUGAAGGAGAAGAAGUAA